UCCAAAGGAGGCCCAGCCCUUUCACUGCCCUCACUCUUCGCAGGAAAGUUGCUGGAGACAGCCUGAUCUAUAGACAAAUGGACGCCUGGAAAGUAAGGGAUAAUUUUCCCGCAUCCAUCAUUUGUGAAAUUUGAGGACUAUCAGACCAGUCCAUUUUGAGGUUAAUGGUAUUGAUUUAGCUGAAAUUGAAGGAGGGGAGGUUGCAAUUACCAACUAGCAUUCAUGCAAUGGUCUUGAUUUUAUUAUUCAAGUCCAUUUUUCGAUCACAGAGGACACUGGCGCAAAUAGAACACUCGGUUUCACGGCAAUUCAUUUUGUUGAUAUGUACUUUUGAUCAGGAUGAGACAAGCUGUAAAAACUAUGAAAAAGAAGUGACAGUUCUUGCAUCUGCUGAGGUUGGAAGGUGGCAACUUUUGGGCUAUGAUAAGAAUGAGCAUCUUAGAGUCAGGGUUGGAUCAUGCUUUCCUCCUUUAGAUGUUGCAUGUUAUGACAGAUAUGGGAACCUCAUUCCAUUCCCAUCAACUCCAAAAGUCAAUUUGCAAUUCAAGAUGGGCAAAGGCACGUUGAUUGGUGUAAAGAAAACGAAGGCAGGCCUUUCGUCUGACGAAAGGACUCUAAGAAUUAAGGAUAUACUAAUAGAAAGUGGGGAUUUAGACAUCAUCCGACCAAACUAUGAGGGCACAAUGCUUUUAUGUCCGUCAGAUGAAUCUUUGUCCAUUUCUAUUCCAUGUAAAGUUAUUCCUAGACAUGCGCGGCAAGUGUUGGCACAUCCAUCCAUGCAAAGUAUCCAAAUGCUUCCUGGGUGCAUAGUACAAGAACUCAAAUUGGAGAUGUUUGAUGCUUAUGGAAAUCAUGCUUUGAGGGGCUCUGGAGUUCUUUUGAAGGUUGAGGGAUUUUCCAUUAAAGAUCAGAUGGGUAAAAAGCACAAGGCGGAUCAUGAUGGAUUUGUUCAUCUUGGUGGCAUGUUGAAAGUUACUGCAGGUUUCAAUCGAAAUGAUUGGGCUUCCUUUACAUUUGAGUUUGAAAAGGCUGAGAUAAGAGCCUGUGCUUGUCUUCGGCGAAGCCCGUAAGACCGGAGUUGGCCCAUGUUUGGAUCUGGCCCAAGCGAGUCAAUAAACAUCGAAUUUUCUUGUGAAAGUAGCACAUUGUUCCAAAUUCGGACUUUCAUUUUGUCAUCCAAUCAUUUCCAAGGUCAUUCAAUCGAGACCUCAAAAUGUCCACUAG